AUGAGUUCGCGACUAGAGUUGAUAGGUCCUCAGGGUCUUCGCACUGAUGGUCGACGUUUUAAUGAAUUGCGUAAUAUGAAUUGUAAACCUUCGGUAUUAAGUCAAGCUGACGGUUCAGCGUAUAUUGAACAAGGGAAUACAAAAUGUUUGGCCGCUGUUUAUGGACCCAGAGAGGCAAGGACGAAAGCUCAAGUACUCCAUAACAGAGCAAAUAUUAACGUAGAAAUUUCUUUAGCUCCUUUUAGUAUGGAAGAAAGGAAAAAAAGAUCUAAAUCUGACAAGCGUAUCUUGGAGAUUGCAUCGGCUGUAAAACAAACUUUUGAACCAAUUAUAAUGACUGAAUUAUAUGCCAGGUCUCAAAUUGAUAUUUAUUUACAAAUAUUACAGUUUGACGGAGGUACUGUUCAAAUUUGUAUAAAUGCUGCAACAUUAGCGAUAAUUGAUGCAGGCAUACCAAUGAAGGACUAUGUAUGUGCUUGUUCAGCUGGUUGCAUAGAUGAUGAACCUGUCUUAGAUUUGAAUCACCUCGAAGAAUCAAAUACGCCAGAGUUAACCGUGGCUCUAUUACCAAAAAAUGAUAAAAUUACUUUGUUACAGAUGGAGUCCAGAUUACAUAUUGAUAAAUUUCAACAAGUUAUGGAAAUGGCUGCUAAAGGAUGUAAAGAAAUCCAUACUGUUCUGGAUAAGGCUGUUAGAGAAAACAUUAAAGAUUUACUUAAAAAAAGUUCUAUCUAG